GACCUAAGAUUUCAACGAUAUUCAAUUUAAAUUUCUACAAUCUUUGUAAAUAAUGGUCUCCGUAUAUGUACUGUUUCGUAAUAAGUGAAAGUGAAUGCUGUGCGUCUUCCCAACGCAGAACCGUUCACGACACACGCCGAAAUGGGUGCAUCCCAAAGUGAAUUAUCGGACGCCAACUUAAAAGGCGAUUUGGUGACUCGAAUCAAGUCCAAAGUUGAGAAUGCAGACAAAGAUAAAGCUAGGGAAGUCGGAGGCGUAUUCUUAUUCAAUAUUAUCAAAGGCACGUCAGUUUAUUCUUGGACAAUGGACCUAAACGAAGUGACGGUAUACGAGGGCGAGCCUACUAAGGAUCCCGACACAACAUUUACCUUGAACGAACAUUAUUUCAAACAACUAGUUCAAGGUAAGGAAGAUGCUAGGGUCAUUAUGCAGGCUGGAAGGUGCUCUGUGACCGGAGAUAUUAUGAGAGCUAUGAAGCUGGAGCCAUAUAUUAAAUUAAGUUAUGGUCGUUAAGCUUCACAAAAGUACAAGCUUCAAUGUUAUUACGUAUAUGUACAGACAGCCUAUAGUGACAGUUGGUAAUAACAAUUAUGAACUUUUUUAUUUAAGAAUUAAUAUAAUUUACCGCGUCUUUAGUAGACGGUACAGACGGAAUAUUCAGUUUGAUAUAACGCAAGCAACCACUUUUCUAACGAUUAUAAGAAUAGUAAAGGUACAUGUUUGGAAUAUACUUACAGACUUGUUUUUUAUUAUCGUGGUGGCAUUUUAUAACUAUGAAAAACCUGAUGCGUUGGCUUAAUUAAAAUAGUAGUAAGGUAUAUUUUUUAAAUAAACAUUUUGUAUAAAACGA